AUGGCAAAGAAGAAAACAGUUUAUGGCACAAGAUCAACAGUAACUGGAACAGAUACUGAUCUGUAUACAUUAAGCAUGGAAGAUGUAAAAGAGCUUUCAUUUAUUCUUGGGAUAUCUUUGCCAUUGCUUUUAUCGAGGAUUCACUGUCCUGCCAAAGCUAAUUAUGCCUGGAAAUGGUUCUCAUUGAAGCAGAAAAUCAAGGAUGAUGCUGGUGAAUUUCAAACCGCUAAAUUAACUGUCUAUGAUUUUUUCACUGAUAACCGUAACAUUGAUUUGCCCUAUAUAGCCGAUCUUCCUUGUAUCAAUGUCAGGAAUCCUAAGCGUCCAGCUUACUUCCCUAUCGAGCUAUGUUCAUUGGUGUAUUCUCAUGCUCGUCCUUUUCUUCAACAAAUCUGA